AUGACCAGGGAACAUUCGCCCGCGGAUGACUCGCCGCUGUCAUCAAUGGCGUCGUCCGACGAAGAAGAGAUUUUCGCGGAUGAGGUGCCAGAAGCCGUCGACGAACCAGAGGAGCCACCAACGAAACGCAUCAAAGUCACCACCGGGUCGACAGCUUCAUCGGCCGUCAUCCAAGAGCCCGAGGUCAAUCCAGACUUCCCAGAUGGCAUGUCCGAUGUCUCCUCCGAUACCGAUGGCGACAUUCCCAGUUCCCCCAUCAAUGCGCGUCAAGACGAAGAUGACUUUCAGGAACAAGUCACUAUCUGUGCUUGGGAAGGCUGCAAGGUUGGGGAUCUGAGGAAUAUGGAUAGGCUCGUUGAACACAUCCACAACUCGCACAUAGAGGGUCGACAGAAAAAGUACACGUGCGAAUGGAUUGGGUGUAGUAGAAAGAGUCUACCCCAUGCCAGCGGCUAUGCGCUCAAGGCGCACAUGCGAUCCCACACAAGGGAGAAGCCGUUUUACUGUUAUCUGCCAGAAUGCGACCGCGCUUUCACACGCUCCGAUGCCUUAGCCAAACACAUGCGGACAGUCCACGAGACCGAAGCCUUGCGACCUUCCGACCCGGUGCCGAAGAGUAUGCAAGCAGGGGGCGGCCCGGCUGGAAAGUCGGCCAAGGUGAAGAUCAUAAUUCGAAGGCCGGACUCUCAUGCGGCCGACCGAGACGACUCAGUUGACGAUGCUAGUGGCGGAGACGACGGGGCUGAGUUUACGCCUCUGACCGAAGAGCAAGGUUUUACGCCCCGGGAGCUCGACAUGUCUAUCGAAAGGUUGAUGAAGCUGUGUCGGCUACAAGCCAAGAUAGCGGAAGCGGAAGGCGAGAAGCUUCGUAAGGACUGCAAACGCUGGGAAGAGUUGUACAAGCAGGAAUGGCUUGAGAAGGAGAUCCUUCUUGAUCGGGUCGUAUGCAGCGAACAGGCCUGGCACGUACACCGUCAGGCUGUGCUAAAGGGUAUGGCGGACGUUCAUCUCCCGGGAGAAGGCUGUGGCAAACGGGAUAGCUGGUGA